CAUUCAUUUAUAUGUAAUGGAAACAAUUGAUGUGUUGUAUCUAGUACACUUUUGCAGACUAUUUGUUCUUUCGAAUAGAAAUAUAACUUAGAAACUAGGUGAUUGAAUAGUUUUUUUCCCAAGGAAACGCUGUCAAUUCCAAAGGACUCUGAUUGUAGUCAUUUUCGAUAUGUGGUUGGAGCAAAAUUGUCGAAGUGUUUCGGUGUACCAACACAAUCUUGUUUACAAUCUUCACUCUUUUGGCUAGACAGGAAAGACGACCAACAUGAGUUUUAACAGAGAUUUGGAUGUAGAUCAGUUCAAAACAGAACAUGAAUGUGAUGAACAUUGGGAGCUCAGAAGAAGUUUUAUGUUGGCACACAAGGAUAAGUUUCCAGAAGAUCGGUUGGUUUGUCUUGCCCAAGUGUUUACCAACAUUGAAUUUUUAGGAUGCAGAUAUCCGGCAGAAACGAUGCACCUGGUGGCAAGUCUUUCUCAAGGAGUAGCUGAUGGCUACCGUGAGAAACAAAAAAGCCGACUUCAGAGGACGUUUGUACAAGCUUCUGAUGCUGCCGGUGCAAAGGCCAAAGGAUUAAAGAGACCAUUGCAAGCGGAAGGACCGUUAGGAGCCACAUCUUCAGUGCAGGCUUCAUCAUUAUCAGCACAACAACAAAAGAAGUCAACUUUUAGUGUUGAUCCCAAAUCUGUUGUUACUGUUGAUGCCCAUUUACAGAAUAAUUUUAUUUCUAAAUCACAAGGUGACUUAUGCAAACUGGCCAAAGUGACAUAUGGACCCUCAAUUUAUCCUGCUUCUCAGUCUCAGAACUCCAGCUUUUCACCACAGAGCAGUGACACUGCUAAUGGUUCAUCAAGAUUUGGUAAUUCACGUUAUGGUGGUGUAAAGACAUAUCACAUAGACCAAGCAUCUGCUAGAAAAUCACCUCAGACUACAGGACCAGAAAUUGGUGGGCCAUUUGGGAAAUUGGUCAUAAUCGAGCCAGCAAAUAAAACAGAUGGUGCAUUGCAGACCAUCCAGAGAUCAACAGCAAUGUGUCAGGUGCCAAUGCAUUGCAAGUAUAAGCAGCAUGUAUCAACUGAAGUGUCUUGCAGUAUAUAUGUGAAUGGUAAAUUACUGGCAUCAUCAACUGAGAGGUACAAAAAAGCAGCAUCUCGUGUAGCUGCCGAGGAAGGAUUGAAGAAACUUAAGGAAACUUGUUACACAAUUAAGACAAAACUGAAGUUCUUAUCUGAUACGACCAUAAACAAAUCUUUAGGUAUAACAUGUAAUUCAGAUACAGAAUUUGCUGAUGUUAAUGUUCCUGUAUCAGACAACAAUAUUGGCAGCAGGUUGUUACGGUUAAUGGGUUGGAGUGGUGGAGGACUUGGAAAAGAUGCUCAGGGAAUUGAAGAACCAGUAAAAAUACAAGAACAUGUGAACAGAGCUGGAUUAGGACUGGUACAAUCAAAGUCAUGUGGUUCAGAUGACCGUCAGUUUAGAGACAGAGUCCAUCGAUUGAUACGAGACUAUGUAAAUGGUAAUUCACAAGAUGAUCUUGUUUUCUCUCCGGAGUUCUCCAUCGAAGAAAGGAAGACUAUGCAUAGCAUCGCAACACGGUUCAAAUUGAAAACCAAGAGUUAUGGAAAAGCUGGAGAUAGACAUUUGGUGGUGUUUAAGAGGCGUGACAUGUGGGAGAUUUUGGAGCAACUACUGAGAAGUGGUGGUUCCACUGAGAGAUAUGAUCUCAUCAAGCCAACAGGGCCAACAUUGCAGUAACAUGUGUAUGAUGAUGUUAAUAAAAAUGACAUACCUUUUCAAGCAAUUUCCUGAAGGUGCUGGAAUAACUGGAAGGAUUCUGUUGAACUGUUCAAGAAGCUCCCUCCCAUUUGGGUUGCUAACAAGAAAUUGUCGACCAGCUGGUGCUGCAGCAAUGUUAGUUACAAUACCACACAUAGACAUGAUGAACUGGCUUUCAUCGGCACACUGACCUGGCAUGGAGGACUCAUAAGUCUCCAUAAAUGAGAUCAGUGAUCCAUUCACAAUAGCCAGGAAGUCUCCAACUUUAUUCUGUAAGACGGAUCAUUGUCAAUUCUAAGCUAUUUGUUAAUUAUUCUUACAAUAUUAAGAAACCAUUAUCGUUUUUGUUAUAUAUCAAAGAUGAUACGGAGGGAGGACACAGAAAUAGUGCUAGUCUAACAUUACAAGACCUUCAUCCAUGCGUUAAAUAAUACUAAUGACUUCUGACUUUACUUACAUCUAUGUAUUAUAUCAAAUUAACUUGUGAAGAGUGCAAGGAAUAAGUUAAAGAGAUAUAAAAUCAUAUAUCGUAUAGUUUUCAAACGGAAGAGAGCAGUAGUCUAGAUCAGUACUUUUCCACAGUUUCGUUAGCAAAAAAGUUACAUGGUGUUAUUACUUGUACAUCAGUCUUAAAAUAAAAUGACUGUACUUGUAUAAAUGUGUAGGAAGAAAAAGUAUUUUGAAGAGUUAAAUGAGAUUAAGGAUUUACAGAUAAGUCUUAAAAGGAAAGGGAACAUGAGGUUAAUAUUCUCUUGCAUCAUUUUCCAUCAGAAGUAGGGCAGCAGUCUGUUGCAAACAGCAGGGCAUAAAAUAUACCAACAUGGUCUUGUAAUUUAUAUCUUCUUCCAGAUAAAGUCACCACCUUGUACUCAAACUAUGACAACUACAACUCAGAAUAAAAUCUUCUAACACAGGUGUUCACAGUCUGCAGUCUGUCUAUGUGUUUUGUGUGUCACAUUUUUAUAAUAUUGUAUUGUCGUGCAUGUUGAGAAAAUACUGUAAAAUGUUUACAUAAUUUUAAGUAAAUAGUAAAAUAGAAUGACAAUUAAAUUUGUUAAGAAAACAACUGAGUAAUAUGUGAACCUAUUUGCUUGGCAUUUUUAAUACAUUUUCUUGAAGUCUGGAAAUUGAUGAUAAAGGUUAAGUGUGAGCCCUAGGUCUUGAAGGGUUGAGAGCCCCUGAUACAGCUACUGGAGUCAGUUUUAGGGGGUUAUUUUAAUAAAUGGUUAUUUACCUCAUGCAUAAUUAGGCAGUAACAUAGAUUCUAUUCCAGAACUAAGCCUUAUAUUGGGAGAAUCAUGAGAGAGCCUGUUUGUAAUUUAUUCUGCGCAUUACAUCAAUAAAGACAGUUUUUUUAAAAAAGAAGUUCUUAAGUCUUAAUAAAGAGAUUAAAACUUG